AUGAGAAGAGAUGUGGCCCUCUGGUGCCGAACCUGCACCAGCUGUGCAUCCAAAGCUAGGCCUCAAAAGACACCUCAGGCUCCCAUGGGAACUGUCAGGGUGGGUGCCCCUGUGGAACACAUUGCCCUGGACAUCAUGGGACCCCUAAAUGAGACAGAGCGCAGAAACAGGUAUGUGCUCGUAAUACAGGACUAUUUCACAAAAUGGGUGGAGGCUUUCCCCCUACCUAACGAUCAAGCGGUGACAGUGGCUGAUGUGCUUGCCUCAGAGUGGGUGUGUCGCUUUGGAGCACCUCAAACAGUGCAUAGUGACCAAGUUCUAAACUUCGAGUCUGAAGUGUUCCAGAAAAUGUGCAUGCUGUUUGGUAUUGAGAAAACACACACCACACCUUUUCGACUGCAGUCAGACGGCCAAGUCAAAAGAUUUAACGCUACGCUGCAAAAGAUUCUGGCUACAACAGCUGAACGCUGUCAUUGGGACUGGGACCUUAUGAUCCCCUACGCUGUCAUGGCUUACAGAGCAACAAGGCACAGUGCCACUGGUUUCACCCCCAACUUCAUGAUGUUCGGCCGAGGGGUGAGCGAGCUGGUAGACCUAGUGACUGGCCUUCCCCCUGACCCUGAAACAGCUCCCUCUGCUCCUGAGUACGUCCAACAACUCUGUGAGCGGCUGGAGUUGGCCCAUCAGAUCACUAGAGAUGCACUUGUAGAGUCAGUGCAACGUGCAAAGAGACAAUAUGACAAGAACUGUUGCUGCACUCACUAUCAAGUUGGAGAUCCUGUGUGGUAUCUCAUUAAAGGAACAAGGAAAGUCAAGAACAAAGUCAGGAAGUUUCUUCCAUCAUAUGAAGGUCCAUUCUUCAUCCUAGGUCAGCUAGAUGACCUUGUUUAUUGUAUCCAGAAAGGCCCUAAGACCAAAGUAAAAGUGGUUCAUCAUGACCAGCUUAAGCUCUACCGCAGCCGUGACCCCUUGGACAACUCCUGGGCUCUGCAACACGCUCAAGCCUGGACACCUGUGGAGGUGUCCCCUCCAGCGUUGGACGAGAGUGCUGCCGACCAGGACCUAGGGCUCUCUGGACUGUUCUCCAACACCACCACAGAGGAAACUUCAGCUGACACUCCACCAGACCGAGCCGACGAGGAGGCCUCAGAACAUACUCCAUUUGAUCCAGCAGAGGAGGACAACCCUGACGACAUUCCACCAGUUCCAGCAGGGGGUGCCCCCGCUACACCUGACCCAGUUCUCUCCACCUCUCCUGACCUGGACUCUUCCUCUGCUGGGGACCUGCAGAAUAGUGGGGGUAGUGCAGCAGAGCUACCCCGUCGUGUUCAUCGCACCCCAAGGGCCAGACGUCAACGAAGACCCCCGGUUUGGUAUGGCUGGGAUAGUGAUAUCUUGGCUAUCCUGCUGCUGUUGCAUCUCCUGCCCCCUACAUCAAGAGGCCGCAAAAAAACAGCCAAGAUCAGCUCAGCACAGGCUGCCAACCGUCUUGUUAGAUUUGUUAAAGAAGGAGCCAGCCUCACUACAUUUCUGGACAAAGCUGAUGCAAGGCAGCCCUUUCUUCUCUGUAUUGUUUAUCACACUGAUGUUGGAAAGGCAAAAGAGAGCCAAAGAGUCAAGGAAUUAAGAGCGCGACUACUGCCAGAUAGUUGAAAUGCCUCC